AGUAGAAGCAAAUUCAUAUUACUUGUCUCUGAAGUAUGAAAUCAAUGGCUAAUUCAAAGCUUUUCUCAGUUUUGUUUAUUCAGUUGACACUUGUUCUUGUUCUCUUAGACCUUGCUAAUGCACAAGGCUUGAAACUAGGGUUUUACAGCUCAUCAUGCCCCUCUGCCGAGGCUAUCACCAAGAAGAUUACAACAAAAUUUAUUUCUCAUACUCCAAGUUUUGCACCAAAAUUGCUAAGGAUGCAUUUUCAUGAUUGUUUUGUUAGGGGUUGUGAGGCUUCUGUGCUACUCAAUUCUACCACGAAUAACCAAGCGGAGAAGGCUGCAAUUCCCAACCUAAGUUUAAAUGGAUUCCAAAUUAUUGAUGCUGUGAAAGCUGCACUAGAGAAGAAGUGUCCUGGUGUUGUUUCUUGUGCUGAUAUUUUAUCCCUAGUAGCUCGUGAUGCAGUUUCAGUGAUAAAAGGCCCAUUUUGGCCAGUCCCUACGGGACGAAGGGAUGGAACGAUUUCACUUGCCAGUGAAGUAUUGACCAAUCUACCAUUCCCUACUUUCAAUAUAACUCAACUGGAAUCAUCUUUUGCCUCUAAGGGUUUAAAUGUCAAAGACCUUGUAGUUUUAUCAGGAGGACACACCAUAGGAAUUUCGCAUUGUCCUUCUUUCACGAACCGCUUGUACAACUUCACCGGUAAAGGUGACACUGACCCAACAAUGAACCAGAAUUACAUAGCUCAGCUGAAGAAGAAAUGCAAGCCAGGAGAUGCAACUACAAUUGUUGAGAUGGACCCAGGAAGCUCAAAAACAUUUGAUACGGAUUACUACACUGUAGUGAGCAAAAGAAGAGGAUUGUUUCAAUCCGACGCGGCUCUUCUCACUGACAAUACUACCAAUGCUUAUGUCCAGCUUCAGAAAACUCCCAAAGGAUCUACUUUCUUGAAAGAUUUUGCAGAUUCCAUGGUUAAGAUGGGUCAGAUUGGUGUCCUUACUGGCAAUUCUGGUGAAAUCAGAAAAAUAUGUUCCCGCAUCAACUAAUAGCUAAUUUUCCCGUAUUUUCUUUUCUUUUCUUUUCGUUUUCAUUAUAUGUUGUUAAAUUGGUAAUUAAUGAUAAACUAAAGAGAGAGAAUAAACUGUAUAUUUAAUUGAAUUGAAUUAAAUCUGCAGCUGAAUUAUAGUUUGUUUUUGGUAAGGAUAUAUCUUGCUUUUGUAAACGUUGUCAUCUUAUGGUGCAUGGUUUAAGCUUGUCAUGCAAUCAUUUAUUUAUUCUUCCAAUUAAUAAGAUUGUAUUUUUAUUUUUUUACAUGA